CCACGGCCAUCCAGUGACACAGAUGAGCACAGAUAGGCCCUAUAUAAACCUACUGCAUCCGGCUGACUGAGUGAACGGACGCGGACUGAGCAGAGCGCGCCCCUCGCUUCCCAAGAGCAAGCUUCCACACAUACAGCCCUGAACCCACAUGUGCCAUGCUGCCUGAGAUGCUCGCCCUUGCGCUGCCCGGCUCACGCUCCCGGUGGAGCACUGUGGCCGUCAUGGUGCUGCUCUUCCUCUCAGCCACUGCCAUAUGUGUGCACUGCACCACCGUAGAGCAUGACCUGCAUAUCGUCCACAACGUGGAUAACAGAAGUCCAGAGAUUGACCCGUUCUGGUACGUGGGGCGUGGCGUGCGGCCGAUUGGUCGUUUUGGGAAGCGGGAGAGUGCAGGAAGUGUGCAGCCUGUGCUCGGUUCUCUGGAACUGCUGCUCAGUGCACUCCGGAGUGAGGAGGGCGCACGAGGAGACAGGAGCACACACACUGGGCUCACGCACGAUGAUGACGAUUGGCUACCGUGACCAUGACCACGCCUGUUUUUUCAUUUUUCAUGUUUUCCUGCGAUUUCCUGUGUUUGCUGCUGCUUGCCCUUUCAUACCCUGUUUAUUUCACUGACUGGAAAUCAGUUCAUCUUUCUGUACAUAUGAAAAUGCAAACUAUAUUGAUAAAUAAAUGGAUAAACAUUCAGAUCUUCAUUUUAACAAUGCAGUGGAGUGUACAGAUUUGUGAUGAAGCACACAACCUUUACAAAGUCAGGGG